ACUUCUGUUUUGCGGUGUCCAACUUCCGCCUGACAAUUUCCGUUUCAUGUUGCUUUUUCAUCUCAUGUUGUAGUUCAGUGUUGUUGCAAAGUUGAGAGUGCGGAGUUGACAACAGAAUUUAUAACAUAUAUAUUUCAUCCUGACAGUUGAUAUGACUUUCUUCCACUUUGGCAACUGUGUUGCACUGGCAUAUGUUCCAUAUGUCAUAGUGUACAAAUGUUCGGGGCUAGCAGAGUACAGUGCGUUCUGGAAAUGUGUCCAGGCUGGUGGGGCCUACCUGUUCACACAGCUUUGCAAGAUGUUAUUGCUGGCUACGUUCUUUCCCGCUACAGAAGCGGCAACAGGCAGUCUUGAUAUCACAGGGGAAUUCUUGAAGUCAACAGUUGACAUUGCAGAUCUGAUAGGACUCCACAUUGUCAUGUCCAAGUUUGCUGGCAAAGGUCAGCUCAAGUUCAUGAUUGCUGGAAUGGGUUGGGCCACAGCAGAGCUGAUUGUCACAAGAUUCGUUCCAUUAUGGAUGGGAGCAAGAGGAGUGGAGUUUGACUGGAAGUACAUUCAGAUGAGUUUCGACUCAAAUAUCAGUCUUGAUUCUGAUGCAGACGGUGGGUCUGGGCUCCUGGAUGCUCCUCCUGGCUAAGGCAGGCUUCUCCUCCGCCGUGGGACUUAUCUCCCUGCAGAUGUACCUCAGCAUCCCCUCGCAGGGAACCAACUCCUACUACUAAACAAGCCAUGUUUGAAAGUUACACCCCCCCC